AGGGCUGUCACAGCUGAUCAGGGGGUGAGGGCGUCCAGAGGUUCCACUGAAUGCCCCUCACCCCCAGCCUGGGGAUGGCUUGUGUCUAUACAGGUUAUAAAAUGCUCAGGGGCUGGUCAGUUUAGGAGAUAAGCUGAACUUUGAAUGCUGGCAGGUGGUGCUUUGCCAUCCCACUUGGACUGCUGUGGAGGACUGAGUAAUUUGGAUUAUAGCAAGUGACCUUUUAGGGUGCCAGUUCCACUAUUUACCUGGAUAUAUUUGGUCAGAUGAAGCCCUGGUGUAAAGCAGGUGGAACUCCCUUAACUUCAGUGGAGGUUGAUUCCUCAGCCAUGACACUGCUGCUCGGCUAUGUCCAACUGACCGAUUCCACCUUUGCCGCUGCUGUCCUUUGCAUUGCUUUUAACCCGCUUUUCUGGAACGUGGUAGCAAGAUGGGAACACAAAACCCGAGUUCUCAGUAGAGUCUGUGGCUCUCCAUAUACUGCAUGUUACUGCCUGGGCGCUGUCAUCCUGCUGCUUAACUUUAUACGGAGCCAUUGUUUCACGGAAGCCAUGAGGAGCCAGCCGAAGCUGGAAGGUCUAGAUUGCCUCUCUGUCUACUAUGCAGGCUUGGCUGUUCUGGGAAUAGGGUUCUUGUUCGUCAUCUCCAGUUUUUUAGCACUGGGAUUCAUCGGGACAUUUUUGGGCGAUUACUUUGGCAUCCUGAAGGAGGAGAAAGUGACAAGCUUCCCGUUUAAUGUAAUGGACAAUCCCAUGUACUGGGGCAGCACUGCCUGCUACCUCGGCUGGUCCAUCAUGCAUGCGAGCCCAGCUGGCCUUUUACUGACAGCGGUAGUAGCGGUUUCUUAUAUGAUUGCAAUGCUGUACGAGGGACCCUUCACGGAAGAAAUCUAUCAGCAGAAACAGAAGGCGGCAAAGAAGAAAUAGCAGCGGCAGCAGGUGUGUUUGCAGAGUACUGAGGAGAGCGCAAGAGCCGGGUGAUUUCAAUAAGGGGAGUUGGUCUGCUGGGCCAUCCACCUGCGCGAGAUAAUUUGAUGGGAUAAGAGAACUCAGCCUGACUUCUAAUUAUGCCCUUCCCCGAGCUUUGCAUUCGCUGACUCUUUCUAAUCCCUCUCUCUAGUUCUCAAGAGAUUUUGAACUUCAAACCCCCACAAAACCCAGCUAGGAGGGUUUCUUCACAAUGCGUUUUGUUCCCACUUCCCAGUUGGUUCCAAAACAGCCAAGGCAAAAGUGUUUUGAUUAUAGGCUUGAACGUGAAAGAAAGGCAAAACCGGCAGGUAACCUUGAAGUUAAACAUUUAACCUCUAUAAAGCCGCAAGAAAAACCCAGCUACUGCAUAAGGCCGAGGUUCAAACGUAACAGGCGCGAUUGUGCAAAAGUGCACACACGCUCUGUGAGCCUGCAUCGUGGAUGUGCAAACCAGGUAAAGCCAUGCCUGACUGCCCCAUUGCAAGUGGAGAUCAGGUCAUUCCAGACACACAUUUGCACCUGCUUGUGUUAUGAAAAUUUAGCCCAAGCGGCCUGAUUUUUAGACUUGCACGUGUAAAGGCCUGUGCCAAAAGGCUUGGGCAAGUACCUGACUGGUCUGCAUGCACAGUUACUGCCACUGCACCUUUCGCUAGUCUUAAAUACACCAAAAUUUGGCCAAGAUUUUCCAAAAGUGACUAGUGAUUUUGGAGGCCACAAUUUUUGGAUGGCCAGAGUGAGACAUCUUCAAAGGACUAAUGGUCAGGAAGUGCUGAGUGGCCAUCAGGCCCCGUCAAAGUGCCUCAGGUUGGGCAUUCAAAAUCACUAGUCGCUUUUGCCAGUCUUGGCCAAAGCCCACUUAAGCUUCCAGCCUACUCUCUAGCAUCAAUGCGCAUCAGAUUAGACCUGCCACUGGUCCUACAAAGCAUGCCUCAUCGCAGCCAAAAGGAACCAUGCAAGAAACGGUUCUCCAAAGAAUUCUCUUUUUCACUUGCAAACAGCAGAAGUCAGAGAAUCCCAGGAUCUUGGUGUGGAUCUGAGAGGUGCUCAGAUGGUGGUGACAUAACAAUCUUUUUUAUUUUUCUCUCUUUCUCCUUUUGUGAGACAGUUUCUCGGGCUGCUCCACACACGACAUGGUUUGCUGGUCCUCUGGAUGUGUGAUUUGCCCAUUUUCCCUUUGAAAUGUCUCUUGCUAAUUAGCCAAACAAACCCCAUCCUGCCAAUGAAUUCUACCACGGCAGUUGUAACAAUCAGAGAAACAGCCAGAAUAAGAGAGCUAAAAGCACUCGCAGGAGCCCAGGAGUUCUGUAUGGCUCUCUCUACCCUUUAUGUCUCCUCCUAUUGCCCUGGCUCACAAAAGCUGAAGCUCAGACACACAAAGAAAGUAACCAAGAAGAAGGAGAUUAGCUCAGAGGACUAUCAUGCAGCACCUUUCAACCUUUCUCCCACCCAUCUUGGGAGGAAGCAAAACCAGUUUUUAGAAACCAGCAAAACAACACACAAAAAAACCCCCCAGCAAAACAAAACUCAGCUGUAUUUUCUAAUUACAGGGCCCAUGAAAUAGUAAACAGGGCCCCGGGGGGACAUUUGUAAAUAGUUUCUCAGGACAGCAGUCGCCUGUUCCAGCUGAUCUUUCCUGCAGAUGUCCCUGGAAUGAGACGGUUAAGUAGAGUGACUUUCAAAAGGCUGUACUGUAUUGAUGUCCGUAGUAUUCAGCUGACACUCUGCACUUUUAAUAUGGUGCAUUUAAUCCAGGCAUGAGCUGUAAUUGCACCAUUUGCUUGAAAAGUCGACACCUCUGACUUUGGCAGGCAUCCCGGUUUCUCUAAAUCCUGUGGUGACUUUGCAAAUAGCCUCUAUUGUGAAGGAGCGUGAAACACAUCAUGACUCCACCAAUCAGUGGGGGCAGAAGCUCCAUCCUCGCGGAUCAGCUGGUGUCCCACAGAAGGUGGCACUCUGCCAUCUUUGAACCAGCAACGGAGAAGGAAGGGAGGUGUCUGCAAAGCACUGUGACCUGGGAUCAUGUUCCUAGGGGAACAGGGCGAGCAGAAGCACCGUGCGAUGAGCGUAUUUCACCAGGGGGAAAUAAUGCAGGCACCUCCGAGAAGGGAAGAUGGCAGUGUUGUCUGGGGAGUAGCAUGAGGGGCUGGCAGUCGGGGCUCCUGAGUGCCUGAGCUCUGCCACUCCCUCAGUGGAAGUUUGGCAUCUAAAUACCCUUGAAGCUCUGGGCCUUAGGGCUCAGGUGUUAGAACUGUUGAGCCCCCGUAACUCCAGCUGAAGUCUAGGGGAGCUGCAGGUGCAAUCAUGGCCUGUGCCUCCUAUCGGUAACGCUGACCCUACCCUCACAGGGCUUUUGUGAGGCUUCAUUCAAAUUAACAUGCGGAAAGUGUUUUGAGAUGCUGGGCUGCAAGGUGCCAUGGAAGGGCACGGUGUCUCUCCGGAAAAGGGUCCCUGCAAAGAAUAGAGCCUUGAUUCAUUGUAGUCUCUAUUGAGCUGCCUUUUGACUGUCUCAUGCCCUCCGUCUUUUCAUUCCACUCACUGACUUGCUCCAUCGUUAUUAACGAGAGUGCUCGAUGGCGGUGCAGGGACAGCGUCUACGUGUUCGGUGCUUGAUCAAAGGGCAGGCGGGGUUCACUGUGCAGAGUGAAAGCUCGUCAGACGCCCCUCUUCUCUCUCUCUCUCUCUCUCUCUCUCACACACUCACACUCUCACUCUCUCUCUCUCUCUCUCUCUCUCUGCUACAAAAUGUUGUACCCUGGAUGAGCCAAAUGACCUCAGACAGUGUUGCCGAAGCACAGCGCCCCAACAGGAAUGUUCCAAUUUUCCUCCAUUAUUUUUUGCAGAGAGCCUGCAUUCCUGACCGCCAUCGCUGAUGCUACUGAUCUUUUCAUCUCUGUCCCGCUGCGGGGGUUUUAGGUUAUUUUUCUUUCUUCCCUAUUGUUUUCAUUAGCAUUGAGCCAUUCAGCCAUCCCUUCUGCACACCAGGGAUUGAAAUCCCAGCCCUUGUGUCUAGUUAUUCAAAAGAUACUAGGGUUCAAAUUCAUUCUGAACGGGAAUGGCAAAGGGUUAAAGCUCCCAGCCUGAGUGAAUGACGUGUAUGGACUCCUGUGAUGGUUAGAGGCACUCUGAGAAGAAAGCCAUGUGAAGAGUCAGUUUUAAUGAGGGAAUGGAAAGCCACGCGAAGGGGAGCUUGCAUUGUUACUGAGAGGAAUUGGGAUUAAAGCUAGAGAUUGGGAGUUAGGACUCCUGGGUUCCUAGGACACCACUGACCCACUCCAUGAUCUCAGGAAAGUCACUUAAUCUCUCCAUGCCUCGGCACCCCUGUUUGUGCAUUGGAAGUAAUAAUCUGACCCACGGCCCAGCAUUGUUGUGAGUAUUAAGUAGUGUUUGUAAAGCGCUGAGAUCGCUGGCUGGAAAGAACGUCAACACGUGGUAUAACCAGGGGCGGCUCCAGGCCCCAGCACACCAAGCACGUGCUUGGGGCGGCACGCCGCGGGGGGCGCUCUGCCGGUCACCAGGAGGGCAGCAGGCGGCUCCGGUGGACCUCCCGCAGGCGUGCCGGGACCGGCUACCGGCAGAGCGCCCCCCGCAGCGUGCCGCCGUGCUUGGGGCGGCAAAAUGUCUAGAGCCGCCCCUGGGUAUAACUGAGCAUGAUAAUGUCUUUAGUAAAUGCCAGUGGUCCUCUUACUCCCUAUAUUGUCUGCCAUUGUGAGUCUGCCGCCACCCUUGGUUCCCCCUGGAUUUCUUCUCUGUCGCAUCCAAACAGUCUAACAUCCACCUGAUUUAGUUCCUCUGCACAUUUCACUUCAAGUCUCUGGAACUCCCCACCUCCCUUUGUUUUUACUUUCUGAACUGGCUCCAGCAUCUGGGAAUCUUUGUGCAGGUGCCAGGAACGGGGGGGGGGGGAUUGCCAUGGCACAAACGUUGAUUUUUCUGCAAAUAAAAUGAAACCCCCAAACUGUGCCAGACCAUGUGUCACCUGUUGGUGCUUCUGUUUCCUCCUUUUGAGUCCACCCCUGUAAAAUAGUGGAACAUGCUGUAGCUUUUGCAUGGUUGUAAUUUGCUCCGUUCCCUUUAUAUGUCACUGCCUGAUGUUCCCAAAAGAGAAUUAAAUCCGUUUUUGAAUCAAA